CCUUGUAUUCUUACACUUCCCUCCUUGGUAUUUCAUAAGAAACUCUGCUUGUCCUCCGGUUCUUUCUCUUUGCCCCUUUUCCUACCACUGUUCUCCUCCUUUCCCCCACCCCACCUCGAUUUGCCACCCCGACGCCUCCGAUUGACGCAUACGCCUGCAGGAAAGGAUCGAUGAUCGCACGACCGACCGACCAAAAAUAAUGGAUGAGGGCUUAGAGAACCAAUGUUUCCUUCUCAACAUCACUAACUACAAUGGAAUCUGGCAAGGUGAUAACCCUUUCACGGAAGCCCUCCCCUUGUUCAUCACGCAGCUCGCCGUUAUCUUGAUCAUCACUCGCUUUCUUUACCACCUUUUCAAGCCUUUACAUCAACCGAGGAUAGUGUCGGAUAUCCUCGGUGGUAUAUUGUUGGGUCCAUCUGCACUUGGGAAAACGAUGUACUUUGCCGAUUUGUUCCCGACACGGAGUGUUGUUACGGUCGAAACAUUGGGUUACAUGGGACUUGUUCUUCACAUGUUCUUAAUUGGCUUGGAACUCGAUUUAACCGCCAUCACUCGGAUAAGCAAAAAGGCAGUGAUCCUAACUGUGACGGGCCUUUUUCUUCCCUUCGUCACAGGGGUUGGUUUUUUUUAUAUAGUGCGUGGGAUUUUAGAUCAUGAGAGUGAGACGGAUAAAUAUUACCAUCAAGAAUGUGGUUUUUUAUGGGCUGCCUCGCUCGCGGUCACUAGUUUCCCGGCGGUUAGUCGGAUUUUGUCCGAUCUCAAGCUACUCAACUCCGAGAUCGGAAAACUGGCCAUCCCCAUCGCCCUCAUCAGCGACUUGGGUUCGUGGAUUCUGGUCGUGAUUUUGAUACCAUUCUGUAGCAAUCCCCUGCAUGCUCCAUAUGUUAUCACUACCACAACAGCCUACGUAUUGGCCUCUUUUUACUCUUUUCGCCCGUUCCUCGCAUGGGUCGUUAAUUACACUGCCGAAGACAACAAAAACUACAGCGAUUGUUACUUGUGUUUAGCUCUCGUUGGUGUCGUUUUAAGCGCAUUCGUAACAGACGUCACCGGCACUCACCCCAUCGUAGGAGCUUUCAUAUUCGGCCUCAUCUUGCCUGAUGAUCUAGCCAUUGUGUUGAUGGACCGGUUCAGUUACUUCAUUUCCGGCCUUAUGCUACCGGUUUUCUUCGUCAUCGCCGGUCUCCGAGUCGACAUCUUCAAGAUAACAAAGUGGAGCCUCAUAUUCGUCGUUGUAAUCUUACUUUUUGCAGUUAAGGUCAUCAGUUUCCUACCCAUUUCAGCUGUCUCCAACAUUAACGCUAAAGAUAGCUUUGCUCUUGGAUUACUUAUGAGCACCAAGGGGAUAUGGGCCAUUCUCAUUGUUCUCACUGGCUUGGACAACAAGGUUUUACGUGACGGAGAUUAUGCGGUGACCAUAAUUGCAAUUCUAGUAAUGAAUAGCAUAGUUGCUCCCACCAUUGCUGCCAUCUACAAGCGGACCACAAUAUUCGUAAAGAGUAAUAGUAGAACCAUACAAGAAGCUAAGAGUGAACCGGAGUUACGAGUCCUUGUAUGCAUCCAUUCAUAUUGCAAUGUGCCCGGAAUACUUAAGCUCCUCGACGCGACCCAUGAUUCCCGACGUAAUCAUUUGUCGGUGUUCACCCUUCACCUAGUCGAGCUCCCCGGCCGACCUGCGACGAUGCUUAUCGUGCACGACUCGCAUACUCCCCGGUUCGAAGACUCUGCCAAUGAUGACCAUGACUAUGAUAGCUCCGAAACCGAUCAAAUCGUUACUGCCUUCACUGAGUUCGAGAGCAAGACUCGCAACGUUCGGAUCCAAUCUCUUACCGCGGUGUCACCUUUCAUGGCCAUGCAUGGGGAUAUUUGUAGUUUGGCCGAAGACAAGCAUGUGGCAUUCUUAAUUUUACCGUUCCGUAAACGAGCCACUAAAGGAGGGUCUGUCCGGGAGGCUAUAUCUUCCUUUCGUAACAUAAAUCAAAAUGUGCUUCUCAAUGCUCCAUGUUCGGUGGGAAUAUUCAUCGACCGCGGGCUUGAAGAGGCGAAAGUCUCUGAUAUCGAGGAUGGAAUCCAUGAUAUAGCGAUGUUAUUCCUCGGCGGAGCGGACGAUUGUGAAGCAUUAGCUUAUGCAUGGAGGAUGUCAAGGAAGCCCGGAGUUAGCUUAACCGUUAUUAGAAUAUUUGAAAGUGAUCUCGUCGAUGCCCAGAAGCCGAACGACAUCGACGACGAUUACAUAAACGAGUUCCGGUUACAAACUGCCAAUGAAGAACUAAUUGUAUAUGAAGAGAAGACUUUGCACGAUGGUGAAGAACUCGUUGUCACAUUGAAAGAAAUGGAGAACAAAUUCGAGUUAUUCAUUGUAGGGAGACGAGACGGUAUAGACACGCCGGUGACGAUCGAGUUAUUCGACAGGAUCAACUGUCAAGAGCUCGGGAUCGUCGGUGACUUGUUGGCCACAUCGGAUUCCGCCACAAGCAACGUCCUAGUGUUGAAACAAUUUGCCGACGCGGUCGAUAACCAAGUGAUUGAAGAUUUGGUGGGGACACAAGGGUCGUCGAUGGACCGAACGGCGAUGCACUUUGGGAGUCGGCGGCUAGCGACGGCGACUUGCAAUAAAUUAUGGAUGCGUUCCGAUGGGAAAGAGAAACCGAAAAAGGUGGAUGAUGGUGUUGAUCAUGCUGAUGAUGAACAUGCUAAUGGUAAUGAUCCAUAGGAUACUAGAAAAUCAGGAUAGUUUUAGCUAUUUAAACAGCUUGUGCCAUUAGUUUUUUGCUUCCAGUUUUUUAUUUUGUAAAUUCUUUGUAAUCUUUUUGUAUAGUUCAAACAUGGGGAAAUAUAUACUU